AUGAAUAUUGAGAUGUCCUCAACAACUGAUGAAAAUGAAGUCGAUAGUAUACGAGGCUGCUGUCUUUGGAAUACGUUCGGAUCAUGUACUUUCUACGGACAUACAAACGAAGAGUGCAGUUUGCCUGUGUUGGUUGCCGAUUUAACCGAUGACAUGACUGACUAUCUCCGACAUUUGAAUGUGAUAACACGCAGUCAGGUUAUGAAUAACCCUGUUUUGGAACGAGAUCUAAUUCUGAAUCGUCUAUGUCAACAUGUGGAUGUCGAAAAAGUUGAUCUUCAAAUCUGUCCUUUACAUCGAUAUACGUUUGGAAUUGGUUGGCGUAUUCAUAAUCGGUGCCAUCAUUCCGAUCACAAGGUUACUUUCCAAGAAUCUAAUCUAAGUGAACAGAAAAAGAGAAAAUCAAAGAGCAAACUACGCGUUGCAUCACUCAAUGUUGUUAAAAAGAUUUCCGGCUUUCCGUACGGUGGUAAAAUUUGUGACAUGCAUCGAAAGCAAACGUAUAAAAGUUCUUCUGUGAACAACAAUUUUGACGAAAAUUAUACGACCGACGAUGAAAGUGACGAUACAGAUUCUAUCUCAAGUUUUCAAUCGUUUGCGUUUGAUGAUGACAGUUCACGUGAUAAAGUUCAUAAUAUUUUAGUUGAGCUUGAUCAAUCACCUAUUAAAAGCCAAUCACGAAUACCAUUGGAAGAACAGACACCAGGAGCGCUUCGACGGCUAAUCGCAAAGCUACGUCAGACUGUUUCUGCGGCUGCAACAAUGGCUGCGUCGGCUAUUGCUCCAGGCCAGGCCGAUCAAUUAAUUGAUCUUGCUGGUCUUGAUGGUGUUGUUGCGCCACGAUCUCCAAUGAAUCAAAGCGAUACAGCAACAGAUGACAAUUUUCUCGCUCAUUUGAUUGGUAUGUAUCGUGAAUAUGAAGAGAAGCACUUUCCUUAUGACGAGAAAGUACGCUUACUGGCUUUAAUUCCAAAAAAUUGGAACCUAUCAACAGGUGAAAUCGCACGUCGUUUUGACUGUACUAUACAUGCUGUUAAAGCGUCCAGACGUUUAGUAGGUGCUACUACCACACCUUUGCACGUGGAAGAACGGCCUCGUAUCAUUCGACAACGCUUUGAACCGAAUCAAAUUGAUCAUUUCCUUACUUGGUUGAUUAGCACCAAUAUGUUAGUGUCGGUUGCCUGGGGUAGCACUUAUCUCAAAUUAGAAAACGGUAGUACUUUAAACAUACCUCGUCAAAUACUUCAAGCCAAACGAAGUCAUGCCAUACACCAAUACAAAAUACAUUGCUCUGAAGUUAAUUUUCAACCUUUAUCUGAUCGAAAACUGUUGUACUUAUUGGAAAGUAUUAAAACGCGUUCGCAAAAAGCUAUAUCUGGUAUGGAUGACUUUGCGAAAGCAGCAGCUGAAUCAUGGGAAAACUAUUUUAUUGGUACUUUAGGAUGCUUGCACGUCGGUUAUCUCUUCGACGAUAUUGAAAAUCUUAUUGAUCAGGAACCAGACGAGGAAAAUCGCAAUGAACUAAAAUAUGAUUUCGGUUUGGCAAUUGAACAUAUUUACGAAAUGUUCCGUCAUCGUAUUCGCACGGUACAGCAAGACUUGGUGAAAUCUAAGAUGCUUUCAUCAAUGCCAAAUACCACUGCUUUUCAUACGAUUGAUUGGGCACAAAAGAUUUUACCUCAGUGGUUUCGGGAAGGGCAAACUGCUUAUUUUGGCAAAAAAGGAAUGAGCGCUCUAGUAGGAUCUUUCAUAUUCUACGAUACAUCUAUGACGUUGAUUACGCGCACCUAUAUAUUAUGUCUCACACGUUGCGAUCAAACCGAACAAGCCACACUGAGUGGUGGGUUUUUAAUUCUUAAACAGUUUCAAAAUGACUAUCAGCACAUUAACUCUCUUGUAAAGCGUUCAGAUAACGCUAGUGUACUUGGUGGUCGUGCAACACCUGAAGGUGAAUGGUCUUUAUCGGAUUCGCUUGGAAUCAAAAUAAUUAUGCGUGAUUACUCAGAAGUGCAGGCAGGAAAAGAUAUAUGCGACCGAAUUGCUGGUGCAUCGAAAAUGCGCAUGAAGGCAUACUUACAUGCAGGAAAUGAUGUGGUGAAUGCUUCACAGAUAAAACGUGGAAUGGAAUAUUGUGGAGGUAUUAAGAAUGUAAAAGUUGCCGUCGGUGAAAUGAUCAACAAUGUAUGUGCGAUUGACAGUUAUCAUAUAGCCGAUAUCAGUAUGAUUCGCAAUAUUGUCUACAAUGAUUAUCAUAUGGUCCUGCGUAAAGCGUCUGAGAUCGGCCCAGGUCGUAUUCUUAAAUUCAAAGCUUUGAAUAUACCGAUCAAUAUGAAACUGAUUGAACCAUUUGAACCAUCCAAUUGCGAUAAUAAUAAUAAUAAUGUUCACGUACGAAACAGGCAACGAAAUGAUCGUAAUUAUACUUCAUUUUUCUUCUGCUCUAACGAUGCUUGUAUCGAGAGUUUUCAAUCGGAAGAUGAACUUCUUGUUCACGAGUCAAUUGGCCAACAUACGACCAAAGACAGUACACUAAGCGCCAAUGACACGGCUAAAGUUUUACUUUUUGAAAAAAUGCGUAGUGGCACUAGCCAUUUUCAAUUGGCUUCGCAAACGACUACAACAUCUAACUUACCGAAUUAUAUCCCAAAGCGCUUUUCAAUUUUUGAAAAACUCGGUUGGGGUUUGAGAAUUCGUAAACAGCCACAACGUAUUGACACAAGUAUCAAAGAGUUCAUACAAAACAUCUACGAAAAAGAGAUGCGCAAUGGACGAAAAAUCGUUCCUGAAGAAUACGUUCGUUUGAUUCGAUCAGCUCGUAAUAGUGACGGAACGAAAAGAUUUGCUAUUUCUCAAUAUAUAACAUCCACACAAGUACUCACACAGCUUCGACGAUUAGCGAACAGCAAAAAAUCGAAAAAAGAUCAUUCUGAUUUAAUGCCAUCUGAUUCAGCGAUCAAUACUGUGUCUCAUAGAUCUGAUAAAAAUUCGACUACCUCAUCAUCAAAACAUUCAUCUCAUUUGCAAAAUACAACAUCAGCAUCAAAUUCAAAGAAUAAUCAACAAUAUGAUUCAACUGAUAGUGAACUUGACGAUAACGACUUUGAUGCUAUCGAUAAUAUGGAACAAUUUGACAAUAUACGAGAACAAUUUGAUUAA